UCUUAAAAAUUUCUCUAAUGAAUGAUGUUUUUUCUUUCUAUUUUAAAUUUCUUUAGUUCUUCUUUGUACAGUAGUAACCGGUCUAUGUUUUUGGGCAUCGGAAUUAAUCUAUGAUAUUCAAGAUAGAAAUCGUUCGAAAAUAGGAAAAAAAGUUGAAGUACAAUUCGAUAUAGCUUAUUAUCUUGUUGUUAUGUCAAGUGGUCUUUCAUUAUUAGCAUCUGCUUUUGCACUCUUAAGGCGAUAUCCAACAGCUGAAGAAGAACAUUUAGAAAGAUUGAUGGAUGAUUGGUCACGACGUGAAGAACCUUUAUUUAUUGAACGUUCUUUACCAGCUACAACAUCAACAAUACCCACAAGUGAUGAACCACCACCAGACUAUUCCGAACAGAAUGCUAUUGUAAUAUGA